CCUCCUCCUCCUCCUCCUCCUCAGUGCAGAGGGGGCCAGAUCGCGAACGCCCUCAGCUCUCGCCUGCGGUACAGAAUUGCAAAGAUUCGCAAGCCUCUGAGUGAAGGCGGUUGCCCCAAUGGUCAACCUAAAAUGUCGAACCCCGCCCCCUCCUCCUCCUUUAUUCUGAGACUAUGGUCCCAGAUACCUCCGCUAGAUACCCCCAGCCAGGGGAAAACAGCCCCUCAGCUCCUACAGUCAAUCCCCCUAACGUGCUGCAGAUCGCUGCUCAUCAACUCCAGAAAAUAGAGGCCUGUUAAGCUGGAAAUUUCUUCCAGUAGGUUCAGGAUUUCAAAGGAAACAGACUCUGCUUAAAGUCCACGGUCCCUGACGUCAAAAGAACACAAAAGUAAGAACACAGGAGCAAGCCUUGGAUCAGCUGCACCCUUCAUUAACCAUGAUGGAACACCUGUAUAAACUUCACCUUCUGCCAUACAUCUCAGUGUCCUCGAAUGAUACCGUACCGCAAGUACAGCAGACUCUUUUCCCAAGUCCCGAGGAAGGCUGGGAAAUCUACAGUUCCGCCCAGGAUCCCGAUGGGAAGUGCGUAUGUGCGGUAGUGGCCCAGCGGAGUAUGUGCUCACGUGACGCACGGAGUAAGCAACUCCGACAGCUGCUGGAGAAGGUUCAGAACAUCUCCCAGUCUAUUGAGGUCCUGGAUCUUCGCACCUACAGGGAUCUCCAAUAUGUCCGGAACACAGAAUCACUGAUGAAAGUUCUCAAUGCCAGAUUGAAAGUCGCAGCAGAGAGUCAAACAAACCUGUUGAACAAAAAUUUUCAGGACUUAAAGGAGAAGAUGAAUGAAUUGUUGCCACUAAUCCCAGUCCUCGAUCAAUACAAAUCUGAUGCCAGACUGAUCCUGAAGUUAAAGGAAGAAGUUCGGAACCUGUCGGUGGUGUUGCUGGGAAUCCAGGAAGAAAUGGGUGCCUAUGACUAUGAGGAACUCCAGCACAGAGUCAUGCUCCUUGAGCAGAGACUCCAUGCUUGCAUGCAGAAACUGGGCUGUGGGAAGCUGACAGGAAUCAGUAACCCAUUCACCGUCCGAGCAUCGGGCUCCCGCUUUGGUGCGUGGAUGACCGACACUCUGGCUUCCAGUACAGAGAACCGGUUGUGGUACAUGGAUGGAUAUCUGAACGGCCGGACUGUCCGUGAGUUCCGCUCCUUCAAUGACUUCGUCAAGGGGGAGAAGUUUGUGAUCUACCGCCUGCCCCACCCUUGGGCGGGCACGGGUCACGUGGUCUUCAACGGCUCACUGUACUACAACAAGUACCAGAGCAACAUCAUCAUCAAGUACCACUUCCGCUCGCGUAGUGUCCUGGUCCAGCGGAGCCUGGACGGCGCCGGCUACAACAACACCUAUCCCUACUCCUGGGGCGGGUUCUCCGACAUCGACCUGAUGGUGGACGAGAGCGACCUGUGGGCCGUCUACACCACCAACCAGAACGCGGGCAACAUCGUCAUCAGCCGGCUGGACUCCCAGACGCUGGAGAUCCUUCAGAGCUGGGACACCGGCUAUCCCAAGCGGAGCGCCGGCGAGUCCUUUGUGAUCUGCGGCACACUCUACGUGACAAACUCCCACCUUGCCGGUGCCAAGAUCUACUUUGCCUACUACACUAACACGUCGAGCUACGAGUAUACCGAUAUCCCGUUCCACAACCAGUACUCACACAUAUCCAUGCUGGACUACAACCCGAGAGAUCGAGUGCUUUACACGUGGAACAAUGGUCACCAGGUUCUCUACAACGUCACCCUCUUCCAUGUUGUAAAGACGUCAGGUGAAUUGUAAUGUUGUGACAGGACACUCCUUUUUACAUUUAAACAUACCCUCAUUUAAAAGAGACUGUUCAGUGUGAGUACGCAUGGUUCUUUCGUGUUACCGAACAAUAAAGUUUAACUUUGA